ACAACUUUGUUCUCUUUUCUUGUCUUCUCUCUCUACUCUUUCACUUCACCAUUUUGUGAAUAGUGUUUCCUUUUAAUUUGUUUAUUCUUCUUUGUCGGUGAGAGGAACAACCAAACAACAAAUGUACAAACUCUCACUCACCAAUGUUCCUGUUUUUCAUUUUUACAAUCUUGGUCUUUUUGUUUCAAUCUCAUUUUCAUCAUAGAAUUUAGACACAUAUUGAUCUUUUUCACAAAUGGGGUUGUGAGUUUUCUUGAAAAGUUUCAACCUUGAUCAUCAUUUUCACAAAAAAGUUAAGUUAGCCAUGGUAGUUUUUCAAAUUGAAGUUUUCAUCUUUUUGUUAUUUUUCUUUAUGAUUUCAAUGUCUUAUGGUGAAACCAACCCAAAUGAUCUCAAAAUUCUGAAUGAUUUCAAAAAAGGGUUGAAGAAUUCAGAGCUUCUGAAAUGGCCUGAAAAUGGUAAUGAUCCAUGUGGUUCACCUUCAUGGAAUUAUGUGUUCUGUUCUAAGGGUAGAGUUACUCAGAUUCAAGCUAAAAAUCUUGGUCUUAAAGGUUCAUUGCCUUCAAAUUUUAACCAGCUUUCAGAGCUUCAGAAUUUAGGUCUUCAAAGAAAUAAUCUUAGUGGAAUGUUACCUAGUUUUAGUGGAUUAUCCAAUUUGCAAUAUGCUUUUUUGGAUUACAAUGAAUUUGAUGCAAUCCCUGUUGAUUUCUUCAAUGGACUUGAUAAUAUUCAGGUUUUGUCUUUGGAAGAAAACCCUUUGAAUGCUACUAAUGGUUGGUUAUUUCCAUUGGACUUGAAAAAUUCAGCUCAAUUAACAAAUCUUUCUUUGGUGAAUUGUAAUUUGGUUGGUCCAUUACCUGAGUUUCUAGGCACAUUGUCUUCUUUGUCAAAUUUGAGGCUUUCAGGUAACAGACUUUCGGGUGAAAUUCCGGUUAGUUUCGGUCAAUCUUCGAUUCAGGUUCUGUGGUUGAAUGAUCAACAAGGUGCUGGAAUGACAGGUUCUAUUGAUGUUAUUGCUUCAAUGACAUAUUUGAGACAGGUUUGGUUACAUGGAAACAAGUUCAGCGGAACAAUUCCAUCGAAUAUUGGAAAUUUGACUGCACUGCAAGAGCUUAACCUCAAUGGUAAUAAACUUGUAGGUUUGAUUCCAUAUUCAUUGGCAAAUAUGGAUCUUAAGUUACUUGUGUUAAAUAAUAAUAUGUUUAUGGGUCCAAUACCAAAGUUUAAGGCUGCAAAAGUAUCUUAUGAUUCUAAUUCCUUUUGUCAAACUAAACCUGGUCUUGAUUGUGCUUCUAAUGUUAAUGUUCUAUUGGAUUUUCUUCGUAAUCUGAAUUAUCCAUCAUUUCUUGUUACUCAAUGGGUUGGUAAUGAUCCUUGUGGAGAACCAUGGUUUGGGUUGAGCUGCGGUAACUCGAAGGUAUCUAGAAUCAAUUUGCCCGGACGAAAGCUUAAUGGUACAUUGAGUCCUUCACUUGCUAUGUUAGAUUCAUUACUUACAAUUAGGCUUGCAGGAAACAAUAUAAGUGGUAAAGUUCCUAGUAAUUUUACGGAAUUGAAAUCAUUGAGUUUGUUGGAUUUGAGUGAUAACAAUUUGGAACCUCCAUUGCCGAAUUUUCGUGAUGGUGUGAAGGUUAUUAUUGAUGGUAACCCUCUUUUUGAUAACCAAACUCGAAGAAGUCCGGUUCCUGUUAAAAGUCCAUCACCUGUAAGUGAACCACCUUCACCACACAACGUGCGGCCAUAUCUGACGCCACCGCCAUCGCCAUCACCAUCUGUCGUUAUUCCACCUUCCCCUAGGCAAAGUUCAAGCUCCAAUCAGUCUAGGAAUGGCGAAUCAAAUACUCAACAGAGUAACUCGAAUAAAUUCAAAACAGUAGCAAUCGUGGCUGGAGCUGCAGUUUUUGCAUUUGUAGCUGCAUUGGUUAUUUAUCUCUUUAUAUGCUGUUGUGCGAAGAAGAAGAAUAAAAAACACUCAUUGGAUGGUUCUAGCUCUAUCGUGGCUCAAAGUCAAGAUGGAUCCGAUCCAAAAGUGAUGGUUAAAUUAGCAGUGUCGGAUAGCACCAACGGGAGCUUAUCGACAAAGACAGGAAUAAGCUCUCUGACUAACAAUAGUGGUGAAACCGAAAGCUAUCAUGUAUUUGAAUCCGGUAACCUAGUUAUCUCAGUACAAGUUCUGCGCAGGGUCACCAACAAUUUCGCUUCGGAAAAUGAGUUGGGCCGUGGUGGAUUUGGAACGGUUUACAAAGGUGAACUUGAGGAUGGAACAAAAAUAGCAGUGAAAAGAAUGGAAUGUGGAGCUAUUGGAAGCAAAGGAAUCGACGAGUUUCAAGCGGAAAUAGCCGUUCUUUCGAAGGUUCGGCACCGACAUUUGGUAUCCUUGUUAGGCUAUUCUAUUGAAGGAAAUGAGAGGCUUUUGGUUUAUGAAUACAUGCCUCUUGGUGCUCUAAGUAGACAUCUUUUCCAUUGGAAAAGCUUGAAUUUGGUCCCUUUGUCUUGGUCACAGAGGCUUGCAAUAGCCCUUGAUGUUGCUAGAGGAAUAGAAUACCUUCACACUCUUGCACGACAGACGUUCAUCCAUCGAGACCUCAAGUCUUCUAAUAUUUUACUUGGAGAUGAUACUCGAGCUAAAGUUGCUGAUUUUGGUUUGGUGAAACUUGCACCGGAUGGUGAAAAGUCUAUGGCAACAAGACUUGCUGGAACAUUUGGAUACCUUGCCCCUGAAUAUGCAGUAAUGGGAAAAAUCACGACUAAAGUGGAUGUGUUCAGCUACGGCGUCGUAUUGAUGGAACUCCUAACCGGAUUAAUGGCUCUUGACGAAAGCCGACCAGAGGAAAACCGUUACUUAGCCGAAUGGUUUUGGCAAAUAAAAUCGAACAAAGAAAAACUGAUGGCUGCAGUCGAUCCAACACUUGAAGUAAACGAAGAGACUUUCGAGAGUAUUUCAAUUGUAGCUGAACUUGCCGGACAUUGCACUGCUAGGGAGGCAAACCAUAGGCCAGAUAUGGGACAUCCAGUCAAAGUGCUGUCAGAGUUAGUCGAGAAAUGGCGACCAGUUGAUGAAGAAUUCGAUUAUGCCGGUGGCAUUGACUUCGGUCAACCACUUCCGCAAAUGUUGAAAAUUUGGAAGGAAGCAGAAGGGAAAGGUACAAGCUAUACAAGUCUUGAAAAUAGUAAAGGAAGUAUACCAGCUAAACCUUCUGGUUUUGCAGAUUCAUUUACUUCUGCUGAUGCUAGAUGAUUUGGAUGUAAAUCCAAUGCAUUGUGUCCUUUUGAGUAAAAUUCACUUUCAUAUUUGUUGUGUCUGUUUUGGCAACCAAAAAAGGUAUAAUCUGUUUGUUUCAAAUUUGUUGCUUUUGCACUUUAGAGUACUUUAAGGUACUAGUACUAAUACGGAUAUGAAAAUGUAGAUAACAAAAAGAUAUUUAUUUUUAUACAUUUUUUUUCUGCAAGCACUCAACAUAAGGAAACUAUGCUGCAAAGUAAGUCAAUAUUAAGUUAUUAACCAAUAAUGUCAAUGGCAGUUUGAAGAA